AUGAGCUACUAUGGCAGCUACUAUGGGGGCCUGGGCUAUGGCUAUGGCUCCGGUUAUGGCUGUGGAUGUGGCAGCUUCCGUGGCCUAGGCUAUGGCUUUGGCAGCUUGGGCUAUGGAGGCCUGGGCUAUGGUGGCUAUGGCUAUGGAUGCUACCGUCCAUCUUGUUUUGGAAGGUAUUAUUCCUAUGGCUUCUACUGA